GCUCGCGGAGAUGGUGCUGCGAGGGCGGUUAUCGGAGCAGGCGCUGGGGCGGGCCCACGCAGUCGCCCCACCUCGCGCACUGACCCCGCUUCCCGGCAACCAGGGCGUGGACGGAGAAGGGGCCUAGAGCGGAGGGGUGACCUGGGAAGCGUCCUGGCCCUCUCGGGACGCCGUGACAGUAAACCGAGCCUCGGGGUACUGACCUUACGGGGCGUGUCUGUGCCGCCCCCUUAGGCGGUUUUUUAGGAAAGAUUCAAACGCUGCUCCUGAGCUCCAGACCCCCAAGCGGCGUACCCGCGCGUGGCCACUUAGACGACAAGCCCUGCCGCCACGAUGGUCAACGUACCCAAAACCCGGCGGACUUUCUGUAAGAAGUGCGGGAAGCAUCAGCCCCACAAGGUGACCCAGUACAAGAAGGGCAAGGAGUCCCUGUACGCCCAGGGAAAGCGGCGCUACGAUCGCAAGCAGAGUGGCUAUGGCGGGCAGACCAAGCCCAUCUUCCGCAAGAAGGCCAAGACCACCAAGAAGAUCGUGCUGCGGCUGGAGUGCAUGGACUCCAACUGCCGAUCCAAGAGGAUGCUGGCCAUUAAGAGAUGCAAGCAUUUUGAACUGGGAGGAGAUAAGAAAAGAAAGGGCCAAGUGAUCCAGUUCUAGGAUUGCCCAAUUCUUUAGUUUAUUCUUGUGUUUUUGUUCCAGAUGCCAGGGACCAAACCCAGGCAUAUCACCCAGUUGGAGGCCUCUUGUAUCCCUGAGCCACAUUCCUGGUCCAGUCUUGUUUUUGAGUGUAAAAAAGUGGAAAUUGUUAAUGUUUUAAGAGUUGUUUUCACCUGUAUGAAAAUAAAUGCACUGAUUUCUUA